UGCCAUUCUUUUUUGUGUUUAUAUAAUUGUCCCAUACUACAGAAUGGCGAGCAAUGAAGGAAUCAUCUCCGAUGGCCUUGCUGCCCUAAAGUUGGUGGCCCGCCUCUCAUGGCGUCGAAACCUAACUGCAUGGCUUUUUGUGCCUGUAGGAGCUCUGAUAAUUCUUCUUGCAUGUUUUGGAGUCGAUGCCCUCAUUGGCCUUAGUUCCGUCUCUUUCCCAGCGUCGGUCGCUCUGCUUGUCGGCCUGUUCAUUGCUUUGAUUCUCUGUAAUUUCAUUAUUGGAGACCGCAGGACGAGAGCUCUUGUCAGUGUGAUUGAGGUACCAGCUGGCUUUGCUCUCCGAUACAUUAAUAUCUUUUUCACUCCAUCGUUCGUCCUCUUGCCUCUAAGUCCUCCCAUCAGCGGAGUCGAAGUGGGAAAGAUAAUAGCAGUGUUUCUAAUCGGCUUUGUGGUCGUACUUGCUAUCAUGGCAUGGCUCGUUCGUGGCUUGCAGCUCAUCUUUGGUUCCUCAAAGCGUGCGAUAAUCGAAAGAGCAGAAGAGAUGGGCAAUGAAAAUGAUGCCAUUCCUCUCGCUGACUCAAGUGGGAGUGGACAGAAUUCCGGAGUCGCAUUGACGAACAUUCAGGCAUCGCCUGGACCGGCAUCGUCUGAACCAGCAUCGUCUGAACCGGCAUCAUCUGAACCGGCAUCGCCUGGACCAUCAUCACCUGGACCAUCAUCAGCUAAACAAGCAUCAUCUGAAGCAGCAUCGUUUGCACCAACGGAUGAGCUGGCACACGGUGUUGCUCGACCAGAGAGAGCGCAAGAUCCAUCUCUCAUUAGAGGCACCGGAGGCCCGCCAGAAAGUCAAGUCCAGUCGCAAGAUGCCUCACGGACACAACCGAUUAUGCUGGCCCCUGUGUCACUCACUCGUCCGCAGCGAUGGGCUGCUUUUAUCAAUGCCAACUUCGAUAGGAUAACUUACGGUAUACUUUUCCUUUUCGUUGGAAUACCGAUAUACUACUCCACUGGAUAUGCUAUGCCGGCCCACUUGACAUUCAACGUACUGGCCUACUUUGCUGCCAUCGCUCUUCCGCCUCGCUGGAAGCAAUUCCUUCAUCCUGUCCUUCUUUCAUCUGGAAUAACCAUCCUUGGAAUCUGGAUUCUAGGCCUCAUCAGGGGUGACAGCUUGGACGAUGUCCUUGGUGUAUACAAGACCGGGACAAAUUACUUGACGCUGUGGCAUGAUGAAAAACAUGUCCCAAAGCCCGGAGCAGGCGAUAUCUUUGGUAGUGUUUUGGACGUCAGUAUCGUAGCGCUCGCGUUGCCAAUGUAUAACUACCGGCUCGAGUUGAAACGUCACUUCUUCGCCAUUGUUGCCCCGAACGUGGUCAUCUCGGUCGGCUCCCUUUUUGGAUACCCGGCCUUGUGCUAUGCCAUUGGGAUUUCGUCGAAACGAAGCUUGGCGUUCGCGGCACGGAGCCUGACUCUCGCUCUGGCUACACCUGCGAUCAAAAAUGUCCACGGUGAUCUGAACACCGUGGCUGCCCUGGCAAUCAUGAGUGGAAUCCUCGGGGUCCUCAUAGGACCUAGAAUGAUGAAAUGGCUUCGGAUUCCCGAAGAUGACUACGUGACAAGAGGCGUGACAUUAGGAGGGAACUCAAGUGCCAUUGCAACAGCACUUCUAUUACAAACAGAUCCACGUGCAGCAGCACUCUCAAGUUUAUCGAUGAGUGUGUUCGGCAUCAUAACGUUGGCGUUGACAUCAGUACCACCGAUAGUUCAAGCGAUCGACUCAUUAGUAGACUUGCAAAUGUGAUUUCGGGGCAGGGAUUUGUACAUCAUUCUGAUCAAGUAUUUUGUAACAUUUUCAGACAGGGACGAUAUGCGAAUGCUACUGUACCAGAUAGACAUCGAAUCAUGAAUCACAUCCAACCUUCCCGUAUAUCAGGCUAAGCUACUGUAGCAGAGGAAUUAAUGUGCAAUCUUAUCUUACUCGAGCCUCUCAAUCAAAUGGAGUCCCGACGCCGUCUCGACUACACCACUGA